UCAGUUCAGUCAGUCUCAGGCAGGCAGUCGUCGAGGGCAGAGGUGCACACACACGCGGAGGGAGCUGCGCGAGUCUGCCGAGUGCGUCGUCCGAUCGGGAGCGAGCCCCAGUGUCCGGUGCUGUGUCCGGUCGUGAAUGUUGCGUAUGUGAGAGUGCGAUGGAGGAGAAACUGCAGCCCGCAAGGGGACGGUUCCAGCUGCUGCUGAACGUGCUGUUCGUGGCCGCCGUCGGCCUGCUCGCGUGGCAGCGACUCAUCGACAGGGAGGCCGUGGCCGCCGCUGACCGCCGGCUAAACGCCCUCCGCGCGGACCUAUUCCGCUACCAGACGGAAAACGACCUGCGAUUGGCCAAGCUCGAGGCGGUCGCCAACGAGGACGACGAACAAGACGAUGACGACGAUCAAGACGAUGAUGAACAGAAGCCGCCUCCACUGGGGACCCUCCUGCCCCAGUUGGUGCUCAAGAGGACCGCCAGGGACACCUCCGAGUGCAUCUGCCCGCCAGGUCCACCAGGCCCACCUGGCAAGAGAGGCAAGCGAGGCAAGAAGGGAGACUCUGGCGAGAAGGGCACUCAGGGACCACCAGGAGCUGCCGGCAAGAAUGGAUUCCCGGGCGAGAAAGGCGCUAGAGGGCCAAUGGGUCCCAUUGGUUUGGACGGCCCGAAAGGAGAGCCUGGACGCGUCGGAGAGCGAGGACCCAAGGGUGAGCCAGGCGGCGCCGGCCUCGACUACGUGUCAAUUAUCAAAGGUGGUGUGAAGCGCUCAGUAACUACCCUUCGUGGUGGAACCCUUGGAUACGCAGAAAUCGUCGCGGUUAAGGGCCUUCAGGCUAGUGGACAUAACAUUUCUUCUCAAAACGUCAUCAUGCUCAAAGGUGAGCCGGGAGAACCAGGACCUCCAGGUUCGCCAGGUCCUCAGGGCAGAGAAGGUCUACCUGGACACGACGGCAGACAAGGUGUUCCAGGUGAGCCAGGUCCAAGAGGCGAGCGAGGACCACCAGGCCCAAUCGGACCGCCUGGCGUUGGAAUGCCAGGACCAUCUGGAGCAAAGGGAGACAAAGGUUCUAGCGUAUAUUGGAUCUCCCCACAAGGUGACCGUGGUGAAAAAGGUGACAGAGGUUUCACGACGACCCUCGAAGGAGGAGAGUUCCGCACGGGUCUGAUCGAAGGUCCGCCUGGUCCUCCAGGCCCACCAGGACCUUCCGGUGCCAAGGGUGACAUAGGGCCUAUAGGACCCCAGGGUCCACCUGGUGAGCGUGGCGGAAAGGGCAAGCAAGGAAAACGAAGACGAUUUGGUGAAGAUAGUGGACCAAUGAUGAUAGGCCCCCCAGGCCCUCCAGGUCCUAAGGGUGAACCUGGUGACUUGGGUCCCAGAGCUGAGAAGGGCGAAAAGGGAGAUCAGGGCAUGUUUGGCGAAAAGGGUGAAGGUGGAAGUCGAGGUCCGCCAGGUUUAGAUGGACUCAACGGCGAAACUGGGCCGCAGGGACCACCAGGACUUCCAGGCCAAGCUGGUCCGAAGGGUGACAAAGGCGAGUACGGCGACAUCGGUCCUCCUGGUCUCAUGGGUCCACCUGGUCUGCCUGGUCCACCAGGCUAUCCGGGCCAGAAGGGUGACAAAGGUGAAAAGGGUGAAUCGGGAUCAAGAGCAGGCUCACACUCAAUUAGUGCUCGAUCAAAAUACAAAAAGCUUAGAAGGCGCCAGGGUGACGGUCAACAUGAGUAUGGAAUCACUGGAGAAUUUAUUCCCGGUCCGCCAGGUCCACCUGGCCCACCUGGUCUUGGUGGUCUACAAGGUCCACCAGGCAUCAAGGGUGAUAGAGGACAGGACGGUGGAAAGGGAGAACCUGGCGAAAAAGGAAAUAAGGGAGACCCAGGACCAAUGGGACUACCCGGUCCGAUGGGGAUGCGAGGCGAAUUGGGCCGCGGCGAGCAGGGCAAGCCAGGCCAUGUGGGACCUCCUGGCCUUGACGGCAUGAAGGGAGCCCAGGGUGAACCUGGAACGAAGGGAGAAAGAGGAGAGCCAGGCCUCCCCGGAACUGACGGCAUCCCUGGAUCAGAGGGGCCGAAAGGAGAGAAGGGCACGAGAGGAGAAGCGGGUCCACUCGGCAAACGCGGCCGAAAGGGAGACAAGGGUGACAAGGGUGAGCAGGGGGUACCAGGACUAGAUGCACCCUGUCCCAUUGGUCCUGAUGGCCUGCCGUUGCCAGGUUGCGGCUGGCGGCCGCCCACAAAGCCCCCACCUGCGCUGCCCACCCUUGUCCCCCACCUGGCGCUGCAAACCACCCCCGAACCAGACUAUGACGAUGGCCAGGAUGAAUACGACGACAAUUACAAUGAGCAGUAGACCCAUUCAAGACUAACGCACAAUUUUCAGUUGCCCCCAGCCGCCGUUGGCGCGUGAUAAGUUGCUGCGCGGGCCGCGAUUGCAUUUACAGCAGAACAGCCACCACCAUCUCCACCCCCAUGCAGAGGUCGGCGGAGAGGGUUGAGCCAACCACACACAGCAACCCCCAAGAGUCGCCCUCCGCACGUAUCUGUACACUUACGAGAAUUUUUUUGCAAAACUGCCAGUGCAGGAGUACUUACUGGCUUCGAAUUAUACACUCUUGUAAAUAAUGAGAAUAGCGUAAAAGCUCGUCUCGACAGCAAUUUUAUAAACAAAAAAUAAAGACAAUAGAUGGAAGUUACAUUGCACAUGAAUAUGUGGUACUACUGAAGAGUGUGUCGUGCGCAGCAAGACUAAUUGAAAAUCGAGAACUAGUAUUCAAAGUGAUUACAUUCGUCAUAGGAAACGAAGUGCAAAUGCAGGAGUCUCAUCGUGCAGGACUAAUGGUGCCAAAUAAGUUUUCACAGUUGCGAUAUAUUGAAGUAAAGUUAUCAUUUGAUGCAUUUGUCCAUGUUGUGAAUGGCGAAAGUUUGUGUGUUUGCGGAUUGAGUGAGGUGAUGUAUUAGUGCGAAUCACACAAUUUUUCAUCACACUGUAAUUAAUAGAAGAACAAAAUGUAGCAUUUACAAAAUUAAAAUGAAUUUUAACUCUCAACCAAACUUGCGGGAAAGAAAUUGAAAUUGAAUGAAGAGUGCGAAAUAGCUGAGGAAGAAUUUAGCUUUCAUGGGAGGAUCUUUAAGUAAUAAUUAUUUUUAUCCUGCAAAUUCAAAACUUAAUGAACACACGGAAUCACGAAAAAUGUUUUUUGCUUUCACUGCUAAUUAAAUUAAUUGCUUCGAAUUUUCAUGCAUCCCUCAUUGUUUGCGAGAAAAAUUAAGCACACAAGAUUUAUGCAAUGAGAGAUUUUGUGAACUUGAUGCAAUCAGCGAUUUCUACCUCUCUUGACCUUUAUGAAUUAUUAUUGAACUAUAUAAUUAUUAUAAGAUGAGAAUUUAUAAUUUUUGGUUUUGCCAAUUAAGCUCAUGAAUGUGUGUAAAAAGUACCAUUUUUGUAGCUUUGCUUAUCCUUAACUUGGAGCCAAAAGAAAAAUUGAUUAGUCAAUAGCGCGCUGCGAGGUUCACAACGAUAAAUUAAUUGUUUGUAAACGAAAGCUCACUGAAUGAUAUUUAUUGAACUGAUCACGAAACUGUACGAAUUGGAAAAAAAUAUUAAAAUUUACCAAUGUAAUACCAUAUAAA